AUGACUCUGAAAAGUCACUCAAGACAGAACUCUGAGAAGAAUGGCGCCUAUGCCGUCUUCCAUGAGACGGAUCUCGUUGACUGGAGCCAAAUCAACUCCUUAUGGGACACUGCACUCAGAACCUUUCCACAAGUAGACAUCGUCUGCAACGGCGCAGGUGUUUAUGAGCCUCCAUACAGUUCCUUUUGGACCCUUCCAGGUGUUUCUCCUUUGGCCGAAGACGCUGCAGACGCCAAGGUUGGCCAGUACAAAACCUUCAGCAUCAAUACUAUCGCACCAAUCCGACUGGCACAGAUCGCCAUUGAUUACUGGCUGCAGAAUCGAAGUAUUCAGGGUAAUCUAAUCUGGGUUGCUAGCAUAGGAGGUUAUGUCCACUCAGUGCAUACGCCCAUGUACUUUGCCAGCAAAGCAGCGAUUGUCAGCAUGGUAAAGAGUCUUGGCCGACUUCGGAAGGAGGUUGGUAUUAGGAACGCAGCAGUCUGCCCCGGUGCAACUUAUACCCCGAUCUUCCAGCCCGAGUACUGCCGGGACCGGAUUCGCCCCGAUGACCUGCACAUGACACCACAACAGCUAGCAGGUGUAAUGAUGCGCGUGCUGACCGAGCCCGAGUUUGGUGACGGGAACAUUGUUGAGGCAAUGAUGCUUGGAAACAAGAAGAAUUCUUCUCUGGGCGUGCGUGAAGUACCCAUGCAUUUGCUCUACCCAUCCUGCGGUGCCGGAGAGGACCAUCACUUGGUGGAAGAGGAGGAGAAGAUGGUGGGGCAUCUCAAGGAACAUGGCAUGCGGGGUUAG